GACUCCAUUUCCCAGCAUGCACCGGCGACGAAAGCGCAAGAUAACAACAGUUGCCCGACGCUUCAUCACGAUGACUUCGGUUUUCUUUGAUUUGGCGACAACUGGAUUGAACAGCAAGGUGUGCGAUAUCGUCCAGAUCGGAGCCGUUUGUGACGAGCAAACCUUCAACACCUACAUUGUCCCCGAUUGCUGCAUCAGCAGGGGCGCGUCGGGGGUCACGGGCUUCUACGUGGCCAACGGCCUUCUCUUUCGCUAUGGGGAAGCGAUGCCCACUGUGUCACUCCACUGGGCUCUCACCUCCUUCAUCGAUUUCCUGGCCUCUUUCCAGGAGCCCGUGUACCUGGUGGCCCACAACGCCAGUCGCUUUGACGUCCACGUCCUCAGCAGGAUUCUGGCCGAGUUCUCCCUCCUGCAGAAGUUCCGCAGCGUGGUGGCCUGCUACGUGGAUACCUUAUUGAUCAGCAGGAGGAUGGUCCCGCAUAGCCGUAAUCAUAAAUUUCAUGACCUGGUGUGGCGCCACCUGGGCAAAGGCUACGACUAUGACGCCUACAACCCGCUGGAGCAGGCCGAGGUGCUGCAGGACCUUUACAACGUUUGGAACCCAAGUUGGGAUACCAUUCUGGAUUCCAUGAUCUACCCAUAGUGUCAAACUCAAGACACGGGGCAGGUUACAACACAUCAUUUUUGUAAGAGAUCAUGAAUAAAAAUAUCAAAAGAU